CCUGCACAAUUGCGGGAUCUAAUCACCAGCCUGGUGAAGGGGAUGGGUGCAGAUCUUGCAGAUGCAAUGCCCAGGCAAUUUUCCUGUUACCCAUCUGUCCAAUAUGCACUCAAGUCAUUCUUCCCAGACCUUCCCCACCCUACUUUAAUGGAUCUCCACCCUUCUUUGGGAAACUAUGAGCACUUGCGGAUUUUUAUAAAGGUACAGAAACAAAAAGAAUUCCCCUUUGGAACUGACUGGGAGGGUAUCGAGCAGCUCGCCCAGAAUGUUCCCACGCUUACUGGGCACUGCCACCUGGAUGUUCCCUCCAGGUCACACUACACAACUCUAGGAGCUGUACAGUUGUGGGCAUAUCAGCAGCACUACCACAUUAUCGUCUGUAUGACACACUAUAUGAGUGAUCUGUUGGCCAAUUGCAUGUAUAUCCAAAGUGAUAUUGCAUUCAAGUGGGUGAAGGAUUGGUAUGAGUUUGAAAUUGCAGCAUGGCACCGUGUCAUUGUGUGCCGUGCUUUCCUGAAUCGUCAAACUUCCAGCAUCCACUACCUCCUCUUCUGCCUCAUUGAUGAAAUAGUUCAGGAGGACACUGGACAGUUCCUAAAAUGGCGCCAUUUGGACUCUCCCUCAAUCAAGGAGCCCCUUGGCAUUUGUAUGUGGAUGGCUGAUUUUCAUGAAGGCCAAGCACUAGGAAUUGGUCAGUAUCUUCACUACUGUGCACACCGGAUACAGGAGAAUCGAAGAGAUCUUCAUGAGCCACAUCGAUUCCUUAAGGACCUUUCCCCAUUAGACCAUCUCUCCCGGAUUUUUCGAGGUUGUGCAGUCCAUUGGCAAAGGGGUGUCAAGGAAUUUGAUGCUUUGACUAAGCGUCAUAUGCUCUCACUGAUGUCUCCUCAUGAUAGACACUACAGUGAAGCAUUCCAAGCAAUUCAGGCAGGAGGGAAAAAAGCAAAAGAUUGGUUGGAGGAUAAAAUCUGGCGACAAUUUGUCUUUCCUGCCAUAUGCAAAGCUAAGAACUUCAUUCCAGACACAGUUUGGGAGGCAGGUGACAGGAAUGACAACGUGAGCGAAGGACUUCACCAUCAAAUCAAUCAGACAGGGACAUCACAGACAUUAGUUGGAGGAAUCCAGUCUGGGUACAUGUUCAAUCAAACUCGCAAGCAAGAACAAACACUUCAAGUAGCUUUUGGCAUUAGACCUUCAUAUGGGGUUCAAGGAGAUUCAGAACGGCUGGUAAAGAGUAUGAGUCGCAAACGUGAGCAUGAUUUUUCAGGACAAAAUGAUUUUAUCCAGCAAUAUUUGUAG